GCGCAUGACUAAACGUCACUUCCCGCAGUUGACUGAUUUUGCCGGUCGCAUUCCAUUCCAGGUCCACCUUUCAUUUACCAUGACUACCACGAGUACCUACCAAGGUCUUGGUGAGGAUUCAAAAACAGCAUCAAGGGUUCUGAGACCACCAGGAGGUCAAUCAAGCAAUAUCUUUGGUGCAGAAGGAGUUCAGAGAACCCCCAAUAGGCCUCAAACCAAUGACAUCUUUGGAACAGGUCCUGUAGAACCUACAGAAGAAUACAAGGGCAAAAGGAGAGGAGGGCCUACUGACAAUUCCCGGGACAAUGUGUUUGGAGGCUCCACCACUUCUGACAAUAGUUUAUACACCAGAUCUGAGAACAAAAGGCGUGGACAAGACCCUGGUCGAAAUCGAAGUGAAGAAUUUCCAGUGUAUGACCGAUCUGUCUAUGCAGCCCAACGUGAUCCUCAGAGAAGAAACAUUAAACAAGUCUCUACCUAUAAUCCAAUCACUGGCCAAAUGUAUGCUGGCUUUGAAGAUAUGAAAGAUGAGAAUCCUGUCAAAGGAAAAAGGUCACACCCUUCCAAUAUGGGUAACGAUGGUGCCUACAAUCCCAUUACUGGAGAGCCAGUAGCAACUUCUCCUCCAAAGCCUGAUAGGGAGGAAGAGGAAUGGAGAAGGGAACCACAGCAGAAUUAUGAGGGGGAAAAGAGAGACAUUCAACAAUCCACUCAUACUUCUUCCCGAGUAUUAGCACCACCUGGUGGAAAAUCAAGUGGACCUUUGUGGUGAAGUGGAAAACAAAUAGUCUGAGCUGGCCUAACCUGUUGCGAUCCAGUCAUUAAUGCAGUUGUCCAGUUAUUAGUUUUAUUUGUCAUUGGAGGUUCAAGGCAUAGAGAUUCUCAUCUCUGCCAAUUGUUUGACAUUUGUUUCUUGAUGCAUUGUGUAAAUGAACAGCUGCAUUUCUUGAGAUAAUGAUUAACUCUUGAUUACGUUUUUUUUAUUUUAAAAUUAACAUAAUAUAUAGUAUGUAUAAUAGUUAUUUCAGGCCAUUUAUUAGGUACACAUUUGCAUAUUUUUACUUAACACUGCCAUAUAAUGAUUAUUAUUAAGCAAUGCAGAUUAGUGGAAUAUUAGUAUAUUAGUUAAAGAUAUUUUUUUAUGAAAGUAUUCUUGAACACUAGUUAUUUCUAUGCUAAAAUACAAUGCUUUACCUUGCAGGACUUCAUUUUUCAUUAUGUGGGUGGUUUUAUUAUUAUAAUUAUUACAUGUGAACCAAAUUGUUUUUUACAUAGAGUUAUUGUUUCUCAUUCUAAGUCUUGCUAACCUUUGGUGAUAGUUUCCAUUUAUUUUCUGGGAUUAGUCAUGACAGGAUGUAUAUUAAUUGUGAAGUGCAUUUGAUGUUAAGUUGUACAAUUUUUUAAAGUGGCAAAUUAUUUGUGAUAUGUAAUAAUAAAUAAUUAUCUCAAUAAA